GAAAGAUAUCUCUGGUUUCUCUCAUUCUCCUUCUCUCGUUGAACUUCAUUCGUCUUCCUCUCAUAUCUGCGAAAAUUGAAGACACGCAAAAAUGCAUCUCAAUUCCCGUUCCUACAAUGUUCUCUCCGCUCUUUUGCUCUCCUCAUUCCCUAAUCUUUCUUCUUGUGCUGAAACCGCAUCUUCAUCCCUUUCACGCCCAGAGAUCAUAGUUGCUCCCAUCCAACCUGCCAAGGCACACUUGGCAACUACUGCACUUUCUACGCCCCGAAACCGCACUUGCCAUGUCUCCUCCCUGGGCUCUGGCCGCGAUGAUUCUCCCGCCUUACUUGCCGCCAUCAAAUCCUGCAACAACGGCGGAGUUGUCCAACUAAAUGAAACCCUCUACACGAUUUCCACCGCGCUAGACAUUAAAUCUCUCCAAUCCAUCGACUUCAACAUCUCAGGUACCAUUCAAUUCUCCUCUAACAUAACCUAUUGGACAGCCAAUAGCUUUAAGUAUGUUUUCCAAAACAGCAGUUCCUUUUGGCAAUGGAGUGGAAAUGACAUCAAUUGGUAUGGAGGGGGAACCAUUGAUGGCAAUGGGCAACCAUGGUGGGAUGCUUUUGCAAAAGAUAGUACUCUUGCGCGGCCGAUAUUGUUUGUUAUGAAUGGAGUGACGGGAGGAAGUAUGAGCGGGUUGAAAAUGAAGAGUCCACCAAAUUGGUUCAAUCUUAUCACCGGUAGUCAGGAUGUACUCAUUAGUGGGAUGACUUUGACGGCAGUAACAAGUAACUCUAACCCGGUCAAGAAUUCUGAUGGCUGGGACACUUACCUCUCUUCUCAUAUCACAAUCCAAAACUCAACCAUCCUUAAUACCGACGACUGCGUAUCCUUCAAACCCAACAGCAGUUCCAUUAUCGUCCAGAAUUUGGCAUGCUCAGGUUCUCACGGCAUAUCCGUUGGCAGUUUAGGACAAUACGUUGGAGUCACUGAUAUCGUUGAAGAUGUCUACAUCUACAACAACACAUUAAGUAAUGCCAGUGAUGCAGCGAGGAUCAAGGUCUGGGCAGGCGCAGUACCAAAUUCGGAUGGAAGUCUACCUUAUGGAGCAGGUGGAGGUAGUGGCGUGGUGAGGAAUAUCACAUAUGACAAGAUGUCGGUUUCUAGUGUUGAUUACGCGAUUGAGCUCACUUCUUGCUAUAUGCAAACUACUGCAAAUUGCAACGCCUAUCCUACGAAAAUGACAAUACAAGAUGUAGUAUUCAAGAACUUUGUCGGUGUCGCAAGCAAAAAACAUGACCCUAAGGUCGGAACUUUGGUGUGCAGUAGUGCUACUUCCUGCAUAAACAUCUCGGCUCAGAAUAUCAACGUCACAACGCCGAGCAAGAAAACUGCAACGUGGACUUGUACGAAUGUAAAUAAGACUUUGCUAGGUAUCAAUUGUGCUUGAGGGGGGCUGGGAUCCUGGGCAAGGCUAGGAGAGACGAAGCAAAUAGUAUAUUAGUUGUUCAGUAAUCGUUGUUGAUGGCCGAAAUAUGUUCUUCGGCACAAGGUUCUUGUGACGGCGAGGAGAUCAUAAAUCAAUGACGACGAAAAAAAUCUGACACAACUUUGAUUAGGUGACAGUAUCAAGAACAUGCAUUGAAAAUAUACAAUUGAAUAGAAAUCGUGGGAGGUAGAAAAUGAUACAAUAGGUUCAUUUGACACCAUACGAAGACAAUAUAAAAUACCA